UAGUGAUACUUUGGAACCGCCAUUUUAACUACAUUGUAUCAAUUUGAGAAGUGUGUGUGACUGAAAACUGAUAAAAGAAUUAACUUCGCUGUUCACUGUUGAAAAAUAAUAAUAUUGUUUGUUUUGUUCGGUUAUUAGUGAAAGUGAAUCAAUGCUGGUAUUCUGUAGAGUAAUAAUUAGUCAUACAGUUAAUAUGUAUAGAAUAGAUUAAUAAUAUUAUGAUAGAAUCAUGGAACCCAUUACUCUUUUGAAAGAUGCCAGUCCUCAAUUGGACUUCUAUCAUAAAUUUGUCCAUAAAAUAAUACUCAAGUAUCAGGAUCCGGUUACCGGCUUGUUUCCUGCUAGUCAAGAAAAUCAUCAUGCUUGGAUUCGAGACAAUGUUUACAGUGUUUUGGCAGUCUGGGGAUUAUCUUUGGCUUAUAAGAAAGUCGCCGAUAUCGACGAUGAUCGUGCCAAAACAUACGAACUUGAACAGACUUGUGUGAAACUAAUGAGAGGAUUAUUGAUGUCGAUGAUGCAUCAAAAAGAAAAAGUUGAGAAGUUUAAAGUCACGCAGAAUCCUCUAGAUGCACUUCAUGCUAAAUAUAGUGCUCUUACCGGUCAAGCUGUGGUCGGUGAUCAUGACUGGGGUCAUUUACAAAUUGACGCCAUAUCUUUAUAUUUGCUCAUUUUAGCUCAGAUGACUGCUUCAGGCUUGCAGAUUAUUUUUAGCUUGGAUGAAGUUGCGUUUAUUCAGAAUCUAGUGUUUUAUAUCGAAUCAGCGUAUUGUAUUCCGGAUUACGGUGUAUGGGAAAGAGGUGAUAAAUCGAAUCACGGACUUCCUGAAUUGAACGCUAGCUCAAUCGGUAUGGCUAAAGCAGCUUUAGAAGCGAUCAACGAAUUAGAUUUAUUUGGUGCUCGUGGAGGACCAUCUUCGGUUAUCCAUGUAUUAUCAGACGAAGCUCAGAAAUGUCAAGCUGUGCUACAAUCGAUGCUUCCUCGAGAAUCCAGUUCGAAAGAACUCGACAGCGGAUUACUUUCGGUCAUUAGCUUUCCAGCUUUUUCGGUCGAUGAUCCUAAUUUGAUCGAGUUGACUAGAAACGCUAUAUUAUCGAAACUGGAGGGAAAGUACGGAUGCAAACGUUUCUUGAGAGAUGGAUACAAAACACCCAAAGAAGAUCCUAAUCGACUUCAUUAUGAUCCAUUCGAGCUACGAAUGUUUGAACGUAUCGAAUGCGAAUGGCCGUUAUUUUUUUGUUACCUUAUCAUCGAUUAUUUCUUUCAAGGCAACACCGGAGAAGUUGAAUAUUACGCUGAGAAACUCGAAGAAGUUACCGUCGAAGGCGAAGAAGGUAUCAAAUUAGUCCCUGAAUUAUACGCUGUUCCUGCAGAUAAGGUUGAGGCCGAAUUUGAAAAUCCCGGUAGCCAAGAAAGAAUGAUUGUUGGGAGAUGUCCGUUUAUGUGGGCUCAGUCGCUGUAUAUUUUGGGGAAAUUAUUACAAGAUGGAUUUGUAGCUGCCGGAGAAUUAGAUCCGUUGAAUCGUCGACUUUGUUCGGAAAAGAAACCCGAUGUAGUCGUCCAAGUGGUGAUUAUCGCCGAAAAUAAUGAAAUCAGAGAGAAAAUGCAACAGUACGAUAUCCAUAUUCAGACAAUCGCUGAUGCAGCACCGAUUGAAGUACAAUCUGCCAGAGUCUUGAGUCAUCUUUACACGUAUUUGGGACGUAAUGAAAAGCUCGGGUUGUCUGGUCGUAAAUCGAGACACGUCGGUAUCCUGAGCACCAGUAAAUUAUACUCGCUUCAAGAUAAAAUCUUCGCAUUUACUCCUCAGUCGAUGGAUCGAAAUCAAUACUACAUAGCAUCUGAUAACGACCUAUUAUUAGAUAUAUUCAGGAGUGAAAUAAAUUUUUUGAAGUCGAGCUGGCAGCAUAUGCUAGGACGUCCGGUCAUCGUAGUCGUAAUACGAAAUUAUCAUUUAGAUCAAGGAAAAAUUCCAUUGUCGAUGAUUACAACUAUUAAAAAGUUGAAGAGCGGUUAUAUCAAUGGAACGAGAGUAACUUUGGGUAAUUUGACCGAUUUUUUGAGCACAUCCUGCAUCACGAACCUGAGUUUCCUUGGAAGUCAAGAAGAAGGAGUUCCUGAUAAAUUGAACGCCCAAGUUGAGCAAUACCUCGAUGAAUAUGUUACCAAACCAUUACAUCCGCCAUCCAGCCUUUUAGCUCCAUCUGGUGGUACAAAGAGCAUUCGACCUUUGCAAAGAAGAAUGUCUGUGAAAGGAGCCAUUAAGAAAACACGAUCAAUUAUUUCAGCCGAUGGACCACCUCAACCUCCAGGUUCUGAUCAAAAACCAAAUCGUAGUCCUUCACCGGAAGAUUGGCCAGUGGUGAAUAAAAAUCCGCCCAAAAUAAAGAUCGAUUCGACUUACGCUAAAACCGAAGUUGAAGAACUUCUAACGAUGUUACGAGAAUCCGAACAUAUCGAGGAGCAGGGCGACAUCCUUCAGUAUUUGAUCGACACCAAAGGACAAAACUACGAUACUGGAAUGGUCGAGCAAGGCAAAUCCGUUACCGUUAAAGAUUUACUCAAAGUUUUAUACGAAAAAGCCUGUCAGCAGAAAUUAUGGGGUUUGGUGAGACAUACUGCUGGUAUUCUUGGUAAACGCGUCGAAGAUCUUGCCAAAGCUGUUACUGAUUUAUUAGUUCGACAGAAACAAGUUACCGUUGGUAUGCCUCCCAAUAAUGAACAUACCAUUACAGCUCCUCUGCCUGAGAAUGAGCUACGUCAAGUGAUACACGAAGCAUAUGGUGAUGAUGAAAGUACCGCUAUGUUGACUCAAGAAUUACUGGUUUAUUUAGCGAUGUUUAUUCGAACCGAGCCUCAACUGUUUCUUGAAAUGUUACGUUUAAGAAUAGGAUUAAUUAUUCAAGUUAUGGCAACGGAACUAUCUCGAACAUUGGUCUGUUCUCCGGACGAAGCAUCCGAACAUCUUCUCAACCUGUCGCCAUUCGAAAUGAAAAACCUUCUGUACCAUAUAAUGAGCGGCAAAGAAUUCGCCAUCAGUAGUGUUGGUCGAGGGAAUUUCUCUGUGAUAAGUUGCAAAUCGAGUCACGUCAGUAAGAAAAGUCAAAUCGGUUCUCUGCUCGCUGCUACUCCAGCAGAAUGUGCCAACGAACUAGACUCCGAUAAACAAGGCCAAUGGUUGAGACGUCGUAGACUAGACGGAGCCUUAAAUCGUGUACCGAGAGAUUUUUAUGCUCAAGUUUGGGGCGUAUUAGAAAAAUGUGGAGGAUUAGCCAUCGAAGGUCGUUUACUGUCCCACAAUCUUACUCAAGAAAUGACCUCGAACGAAUUAAAAUUCGCCCUGGCUUUAGAAAGUGUGUUGAAUUGCAUACCACAACCUGAAUACAGACAGUUGAUUGUGGAAGCUUUGAUGGUACUUACUCUCGUCACAGAGCAUUCGAAUAUUUCCUAUAUUGGAGACGUGAUCACCGUCGAACACCUUGUCCAUAAUGCGAAUAAGAUUUUUCUUCAAGAUCAGAUGGAGAUCAAUGGGGAUGCCACCUUAUGUUGUGCCAAACCUGACCACGAACGGGACCUGUCCUCCCCCGAAGGUGGAUUAAUUUGCGGUGGGGCUGCGUACAUUUGUCAACUAUUCUACGACAGUGCGCCAAGUGGCAGUUAUGGCACGAUGACUUACCUAAUUAAAGGAACAGCUUCGAUUCUGAAUUGUUUACCGGAUAGUGAGGAGAUCGCUUGCAAUGUCUCGUAAUACUCGUAGAUCACUUAAGCGUGUGUUUCUGUGUAUUUAUCAAUAUAAUACCGUAGUGUUUUCAUCUAUAGUUUUAAGUAUUGUACCUACUUCUUGUGUAGUAUUGACGGUGCCAUUUUUUUCAGUGAUUACCUUUACCUCCCUUUGGGAAGGUGUAUCAAGUAUCAUGUGUUCGAAAUGUUACAUUUUGUGAUAUCGCGUAUGAUUAGCUAUUUUGUGUUGGCUUUUACCCAUAAGUGUGUUUGUGUUGAGGAAUAAUAUUACAUUUUUUUGAAUUUUAA